GGCAAUGUGCCAUUUCGGCGCUUGUGCACGCACUUCGGGUGCGAGGUCACGAUGUCCGAGAUGGCCUUCACAAAGCCCUUGUUGAAAGUGUCCUUACAUGCAUGAGGCGACCGAGUCGAGCGUGCUCGUCUAUACAAGGCACCUGGCGAACAGAUGUUCGGCUUCCAAGUCGCCUGCAAGACCAUCUCUGAUGGCAUUGCGGCAUCGAAGCUCGCCAAGGAGGGAGGAGCGCAGUUCCUAGACAUCAACUGCGGCUGCCCCAUCCACGAGGCCACAAGGCGAGGCAUGGGCUCAGCCAUGUUGCGUAAACCUCGUUCCCUGGCGAAGAUGGUUGCCGGCAUCGCAGCAGAGUCGGAGCUGCCGGUUACCGUUAAGGUUCGUCUGGGAGAGAACGACAAACGGAUUAACGUGGACACCGUCGUACAGUUUCUUGAACGAGCCGGCGCCGCAGCGGUUACCAUACACGGCAGGACGGCGGAGCAGAGGUACAAGAAGCCAGCCGACUGGGGCCGUGUGGCCUCCGUGGCCGCCUCCACGUCCCUGCCCGUCAUCGGCAACGGCGACAUCCUCACGCACUACGAGGCCAGCAGCCGGCUAGCGGAGUCGGGCUGUACGGCAGUCAUGGCGGGGCGCGGAGCGCUCAUCAAGCCUUGGCUCUUCCUGGAAUUUAAGGAGGGUCGCGAGCUGCUGCUAACCACCACCGAGCGAGUGGGCGUCUAUCGCCUGCUUGUGUCGUACAUGAAAGAGCACUUUGGCGACGACGAGUGGGGCCGGCGCAAGGCCUGGUACUUCUUCCCCUGGCACUUUGACUUCCUCACACGCUACCGCCCGCUUCCGGAAGCCGUGUACGGCGACCUCAGUCGGCAGCACCCGCUCAUCCUCACUCGGAUGGACCCUGCUGACCCACGGGUCGGCGAGGAGCUCGGGUCGCUGCCCUGGGCGGAGCGGCUGCUGCGGUGCACGCAUCCCGAGGCGCAUGAAGCC